GCACUUUUAGGAAUGGGUCCGAAACAUAUUUAGUUUGUCACGACAGUUACGAAGAAGAGUUGCAAACACCUGACGAUUGCUUGGACAAUCCGCUCCAUAUCUCUUUUAAGUGUCGAAACAUAAUCUACCUCGAAUCUUGAUUUUUGUCGAGUUUGUGAUAUUUCCCUGAAGCCUCUCCAGUGGUAAAUGUCUUAUUGUUCGUUUUUAUAGCAAUACUAAUAAAUAACGUAACGAGCUGAUAAGGAAACAUUGCACUAUAUUUUUGAUUGUUUCUGUUUACACUAUUUUGCACUGAAAUAUUGGUGAAGAUGCACACCACGCAGAAGGACACGACAUACACGAAGGUUUUUGUAGGGGGUCUUCCAUACCACACCACGGAUUCCAGUCUCAGGAAAUAUUUUGAAGUGUUUGGAGAAAUUGAAGAAGCAGUCGUGAUUACCGACCGACAGACCGGCAAGUCCAGGGGGUAUGGAUUCGUGACGAUGGAGGACCGUUCGGCUGCGGACAGGGCCUGUAAAGAUCCAAACCCCAUCAUCGACGGCAGGAAGGCCAACGUCAACCUGGCGUACCUGGGGGCCAAGCCACGGGUGAUGCAGCCAGGUUUCACUUUUGGUGUUCCACAAAUCCAUCCUGCCUUUAUCCAAAGGCCUUAUGGGAUCCCUGCUCACUAUGUGUACCCUCAGGCCUUCAUGCAGCCAAGCACCAUGGUCAUUCCCCAUGCCAUGCAGCCCAGUGCAGCCUCUGCCUCCACCGGUUCCUCACCAUACAUCGACUACACUGGAGCCGCCUACGCACAGUAUUCCGCCGCCGUGGCGGCUAGCGCUGCUGCCGCCUACGAGCAGUAUCCCUACGCUGCCUCCCCUGUAGCGGCCGGAUACAUAACUGCGGCCGGUUACGGCUACGUUCAGCAGCCCCUGCCUACGGCCGCACCGGGAUCAGCCGUCGCUGCAGCCGCAGCUUUCGGUCAGUACCAGCCUCAGCAACUGCAAGCUGAUCGCAUGCAAUAGCAGCCACUGCAGCCAUUGGACACGAGGAGGAUGGGAGGCCCACGGCUGAUUGGCUGUGCAGAGGAAAGGAGGAGGAGGAAGAGAGAGGGGCCGUGUUGUUAAGUGACGGAGUCGUUAAGAUGGUGGUGGUGAGGUGGGAGCUCCAUACAGUAGCUUUCCAACUUGCUGUACUUAACCCCCCACACGCAAAAAAAAUGAGUAAACGUUACCAAUUCACAGAACAAAGUAAGGUGGAUAUAUCCUUAUGAUUAUUAUUGUUGUUAUUAAUAUAAUUAUUACUAUUAUAAUUGUAGUAGAGUAUUUAUUUAUAGAAGAUAAAUGCAACGACUAAGCUUGGUGUAAAACAUGACCGUAGGUUCCAUUGCUGUCAUUAACAUAGAAGAGAGAGAGCGUUCUCUUUACGGGACACUUAGGCAUGUCCCAAAGUGUUUUGUGUUCUGAAGCCCUUAUAACAUAUAUUUAUUAUCACAUUUCGAGGACUCUUGUCGUUCUGUCUUUUUCAAGUGCAUUGAAGUAAAUGUUGUGAUAAUCAGGGAAAUGGACCAGUUUCCAGUGUGUUAGUAAAGACAACCUCUGUGUGUCAGGGAGGAGCUGAAAUAACUGUGGAGAAAAGGUGAAAGUCUUGUCACGCGUUAAGAACAUAUCUUCCUGAUGCUGAUUGUCCCUUUUUUGACUCUGUAUCUUGACCUAUGCAAAGCAAACAGUUCACCAGGAGACAAAAAAGCUGCAGGAAUAACCAAAAAUGCCAUCUACUCAUCAACUCUUCAAAGGGCAUCACAAACAAUAUGACGGCAACUCCGAAAGGAAGGUUUUCAGACAAUGAGAAGCACCAAAUCAGUUACUCUCAAACACAUACAUUACGCACACACACAGUUGUGUACAUAGUGGUAAAGGACAAAGGGCUCAGUCGUGUUCCCCUCUGGCUCUGUGCAAUGGGAUCUAGUCAGAGUGAA